AUGGUUGUACAACUACCAAGACGUUUGAAUACAAAUAUACUACAUGAUAACAGAAUGAAUAUGCUGCAUAGUAAUUCUUCUGGUAUUUAUAUAGAUCGUGAUUUUUCAACUAACAAUUUUAUAAUGAAUGCAAAUCUUACGGACACCAACAUGAGUACCAAUAAUAAUGAUAUAAAUAAUAAUCAUAAUCCAUUUUAUAAAUUAUUUACACGCUUUCCAAAUUACACUUCAAUGAAUGGCUUAGAUUUUAUCACUACAAAUGAUAUUAUGCCUAGUGAGAAUAAUGUGAACAGUAUUACCAGUUACGGGACAAGUGCAUUUAGAACACCUUCACCAAUUAUGGAUUUUAUGAAAGAACAAUUCGGUAUUACACAAUCAUCACCGAAGCAAUCAUUGAGCAAUUUUACAUUUCCUAAUGAUAUAUAUAAUCGAAACACUUCUAUUAUUAAUGAACAAAUUAAUGCCCAGCUACAAAAUACGAAGAUGAAUAUUACAGAUUUACAAUCGACAAUUCAGUUAGCUGGUAAAUUAGCUCAACAUUUUAUUGCAUUAUCUAAUAAUAAUAACAAUAAUUCUACGAAUUCAAAUUUUUCACUGAAAUCUAAUCCAACUGAUUCACAAUUAGGACAAUAUCAUCAUGAACAACAGGGUCAACAAUCCUACGACUUUCAUCAACAUUCUUUACAACGUCGGCAUAAUUGUCAACAGUUUAUCCCAUCAUUGAUCAAUUCGAAUCAUGAGAUGAAAUUAUCGAAUCUAAAUGAUACCUCAAUAUACAAUCAUUAG